UGUUGCAUUCGCAUUGCAUAGACUUAAUUCACAUAUUUCAGCUUUUGGCUUCCAUCUCAUGCAUAUUCCAUCUCUUUUUAGCCACUUGAACCGCCACCAACUCUAGCAAGAAAAUAUCAGAAGGAUAAUGGAUAAGAUAGAGCACAUUACAGUUGCCACAAAUGGCAUAAACAUGCACGUAGCUUCAAUAGGGACGGGCCCAGUUAUCCUCUUCUUGCAUGGGUUCCCUGAACUCUGGUAUUCAUGGCGACACCAACUCCUCCAUCUUUCGUCCCUCGGUUACCGUUGCGUUGCCCCAGAUCUUCGUGGAUAUGGUGACACAGAUGCUCCUGAAUCAGCUAGCCAGUACACCGGUCUCCACGUCGUUGGUGACCUGAUAGGUCUUCUCGACUCCUUUGGGAUUGAUCAAGUGUUUCUGGUUGGCCAUGAUUGGGGGGCUAUGAUUGCUUGGUACUUGUGCUUGCUUAGACCUGACAGGGUUAGGGCCUUGGUCAACUUGAACGUUGCAUUCAUGGCUAGAGACCCGAAAACUAUUAACCCCAUGGAGGCUUUGAAGAGUAUUUAUGGUGAGGAUUACUAUGCCUGCAGGUUUCAGGAACCUGGCCCUGGAGAGAUUGAAAAAGACUUUGCUCAAGUUGCCACUGCAAAAAUGUUGAGGAUAUUCUUUUCAAGUUUCGGUCCGAAUCCCUUAAUAGUGCCCAAGGAAACAGGAUUCAGAGGCAUACCUGAUCCUCCAUGCUUGCCUCUUGGAUUUUCAGAAGAAGAUAUCGAUUUUUACGCCAACAAGUUUAACCAAAAAGGAUUCACUGGAGCUUUAAAUUAUUAUCGAGCCAUCAAUCAAACCUGGGACCUCAUGGCACCAUGGAUUGGGGUAAAAAUCCAAGUACCUGUUAAGUUUAUUAUAGGUGAUCAGGACAUCAACUACCACCUUCCAGGGCUAAAGGAAUACAUACUCAACGGCGGGUUCAAGAAAGAUGUGCCACGUUUGGAAGAAGUGGUUGUAAUGGGAGGAGUAGCCCACUUUCCCAACCAAGCAAGGCCGGAAGAAGUCAGUGAACACAUCUAUAGCUUUUUCAAGAAGCUUCAGUUUAUCAAUAAUAAUCCCAAGGCCAAUAGUACUACAUCAUCACUCAAUGGAAAUAGAGUCUCGGAUCUAGCUCACUUGCAUGCCUUGUAAGAGGAAUUCCAUUUGUUUUUUGAUAACUAAAUGAUUUCUAAUUGUGUUAAUUUCGUUUCAAUCACUAAACAUCAUGCAAUUUCUUUUCGUUGUCCGGGAUUUUUCUUUCAGAUAAAUUAAUGAAUAUUUUUUUCAACGUGCCAA